AUGUCACCAUCCUUCUUGGGCGUCCUGAAGUCUGUCCUCGCGGGCAUACCAAAGCCGUAUGCCACCAACGGGGCAGAGGCGCGAGGCCUAGAGGCCAGGAACUUUCUGUACAUAACCAUGGUCUUCGGCCCUCGGUACGUGCCCUACAUCCAGCGCUUUGUGCACAGGGCUGAAGCAUUUGGCAUAUCAAACCUGGUGCUCUUUUGCCUGGAUGAUGCAGCUCUAGACACAUGCUUGUCUUUGGGCCGCGGAGACAGGUGUGUGCCUGGAACACCAUCAAUCCUCAACAAGUUCACGCUGCCUUUGAUAUAUUUGUGGCUAAACAUUGAUGUCUUUUGGCUAGAUUUUGACAUCUUCUUGCUGCAAGACCCGACUCCCUUCAUCCUGGGCGAAGCUCAAUGGAGGUCCGUUGAUCUUUUGGUCAGUGGCUCUUUCGCUGAUGACUGCAUUUGCAGUGGCCUGGUGUUCUUCAAAGCCACAAAGGUGGUUGCGGAGUGGCUGCUUCUUCUCCUUUCAUGGAUGUAUGAGCAUGUCUACACUCACGACCAGCAAGCAUUUAGCGCUUUCCUUGCUGGUCGCCCUGAUGAGGACAAUUCCACUUCACCAGAGUCCAUCUCUUCUUCAAAGCUCUUCAAGUUGUACUUGGAGCCCGUGGUGCCGCGCUGGGCCUUGUUGGACCCCGUGAACGAGUUUGUGUCUGCAAGAGUCUUGAACACCACUGGCUGGACUGGCACUAUGGAGAAGUUGGUGAUUUUCCACUUCCUUCAUGGAGACUCUGAGGUCAAUCGCGACCACACGGCCUACGGAUGGAAUGCGCACUCGGGCUUUGAUGGCGGGACCUCACUGCCUUUGCUGGAUGUGUUCUACAAUCAGAGCGAUGACCAGGUCUACCGUGAGCCACUCCGCCCAAAGCAAUUCAACAAGGUCCUGCAGCAGGCUCUACUUGCCUCUCGCAGAACAGAGCGACCAAAGGACAUGUUGCACUGUGGCGUGCUUCAGCUCAACCCAUAUUCGCCAGGCAGGCAAUCUGCCGAUGGUUGA